AUGAUGUGGAAGGCCAUUCCAUUGCUGGCGUCGGCUGGUGUUGUGGCUGCUCAGGGGCUGCUCAACCAGACGUUGGGAUAUCUUGAAGGGACUCCUGGAUUGAACACUACUUAUGACUAUGUAGUCGUCGGGGCGGGGACCGCGGGUCUUGCCGUGGCUGCUCGUCUUUCGGAGAGUGGCAAGUACAGCGUUGCUGUCAUUGAGGCGGGGACGUUUUACCAGGUGACUGAUCCGUUGCUCGCUACAACACCAGCAGGAGACGUGGUCUUCGUGGGUGCCAGCGCCAUCGACAACAACCCCCUAGUCGACUGGAACUUCUACACCACACCGCAGGCCGGCGCCAACAACCGCACUAUCCACUACACACGUGGGAAGUGUCUCGGAGGCUCAUCAGCCCGCAACUUCAUGAUCUACCAACGCGGAACCCGUGCCUCCUAUGCCCAGUGGGCGAACUUGGUCAACGAUCAGAGCUUCCAAUUCGACGCCCUUCUUCCGUAUUUUAAGAAGAGCUGCGACUUCACACCGCCCAACACACAGAAGCGUGCGGCGAAUGCCACGGUGUCGUACAACCCUGGCGCAUUCACUCCGGGCGCUGGGCCUUUGCAUGUCUCGUAUGCCAACUAUGCCCAAACGUUCGAUUCGUAUCUGCAGCCUUCAUUCAAUCAGAUUGGGAUGCCGACGGCAGAUGACUUCAAUUCGGGGAGUUUGGGCGGCAUUCAGUACUGUGCUUCGACGAUCGACCCUGCUAGAGAGAUCCACGCUUCCUCGCAGGAGACGUUCCUCAAUGAAGCUUUGGUCCAGAAUCGAACGAACCUGAAGGUCUAUCAGCUCACCAUGGCGAAGAAAGUCCUCUUUGAUAAGAACAAGAAGGCUACGGGUGUGUUGGUGGAGGCUGCUGGUGUUCUGCCGUUUGUGAUAACGGCAAAGAGGGAAGUUGUCGUGAGUGCUGGGGCUUUCCAAUCGCCGCAGAUUUUGAUGGUGUCUGGUAUUGGUCCAGAGAAUCAGUUGACGGCGAACGGGAUUCCUGUGCUUGUGUCCAACCCUAAUGUCGGACAGAACAUGCAAGAUCAUGUCUUCGCGGGACCGACAUACCGCGUCAACGUCGAGACCUUCACCCGCCUGGCGAACGACCCUGUCUACAUCGCCGAGCAGUUUGCUGGCCCUUACUCAUUGAAUCAGUCCGGCCCCCUGACAAACCCCGUCGCCGACAUGCUAGGCUGGGAGAAAGUUCCAGCCGACCUCCUCGCAAACUUCACUCCCCAAGCCCAAGCCGAACUCGCUCAAUACCCACCCGACUGGCCUCACAUCGAAUACAUUUCCGGAGCCGGCUAUGUCGGACAAUUCAACUCCCUCCUCCUCACGCAGCCCAAAGACGGCUAUCAAUACGCCACCGUCCUCGCCACGCUCGUGGCGCCCCGAUCCCGCGGCAACGUCACCAUCGUCAGCGCCGACACCAACGUCCUCCCCAUCAUCAACCCCAACUGGCUCACAUCCCCGACGGACCAACAAGUCGCCGUGGCGGCCUUCAAACGCGCACGCCAGGCCUUCGCCGCCCCGGCCCUCCAAAAAAUCGUCAUCGGUGAAGAGUACUUCCCCGGCCCUGACGUCAACACCGACGAGGAGAUUUUGGCCAAUUAUGCGAAUACCAUGUUGACGGUGUGGCACGCGAGCUGUACGUGUGCGAUGGGGACGAGUAUACGGAACGGAGCGGUUGUGGAUUCGCAUGCGAGGGUUUUGGGGGUCACGGGGUUGAGGGUGGUGGAUGCGAGUGCGUUUGCUUUGUUGCCGCCGGGGCAUCCGCAGAGUACGAUUUAUAUGUUGGCGGAGAAGGUGGCGGAUCAGAUGUUGAAGGGGCAGUGA